GAAGGGAUUUAUCGGGAUAAGGACUUAAAACCAUGGGCUCGGUAAGUAACCUCUUUUUUAUUAGUUAAAACAAAAAAGGUUUUACAUGUAUUACAUGUAUAAAAAGUAAAUACAGUCAACAGUCAGUCUGCUUUAGCGUUUAGAUUAACUAUGGAUUGUCCUAGAGAGAAUUAUUGGGAACUACCAUCUCAAUUUCUGACAUUUUAAACAACAUGUGAUAUGUUUUCUCUCAAAAUGCACAUGUAAUCACAUCAACAGUUACUGCCUGCUAUGUUUUGAAUCAGCUUAAAAUAACAGAGACUAUCACAAGCUUAGAUAAAUCCCUCUUAUAUAAUACAUUAUUUAUGUGGAUGGAUCGCAGAGAUUAAAAAUCCCUUUGCAAAGAUGUAGCAGCACACAGCUCAUACAGAGAAAACAUGCCAAAAUGUAUAACACUGAUUUGAAAUGCAUACAAGGGAGUGCAUGCGAUUGAAAUGUGUCAUGUGAUCAAAAGCAUGAUGUCAAAUUGGUUAAAAUAAAAGAAGAAGACAAAAUUAUUGUGUUACUUCAUUGCAGGUACCCAUGAGGGAUGACUAAUAUUCACCUGAACAGGGACCACUGAGGGAGAACUAUGGUAAAAAGUGUCAUGGUAGCCUAUGCCCUGUGGGCUGCCGGCGGGCCUUUGGGCCUUCACCAUUUAUAUUUAGGAAGAGACAGCCAUGCUCUGUUAUGGAUGCUGACUCUGGGGGGAUUUGGGUUUGGCUGGGUCAGAGAGGCCAUACGUAUUCCUGCUUAUGUUGGUGAGGCCAAUCAAGAUGCAGCGAAGGAGAGAAAAACACCUCCCUUGGUGCCUCCACCUGUGGGCCCUGUCAGAUUUGUUGGACAAGUGUGUGUUGGGAUCUACUUUGGCACAAUGGCUCUUAUUGGACUGAACUCCCUCAGUUUCUUCUACUUGAUCGUCCUGCCUUUAUCUGUGGGUGCAGGGGUACAUCUGGUGUCCUGCAUUGGGCAGCAGACUUCUGAUCUACGGAAAACAUUGACUACUUGUCUCAUAACCUCCCCAAUAUUCUAUGGCAGCAGCUUAUCGCCUCUCCCUAUAAGCCUGGCUGCCAGUGUAAUUGCUGCACAGAACCGCAGGGUCAAACCUCCACGGACACCUGGGAGCACACAGGAACUAGGUCCUCGUCUUUACAGGCUCGGUCUAGCCUGGCUGGCCUUCUCCGCUCCGCUUGGUUACUGUAUUUUCUAUAACACCACAGCCACGCUGUACUACCUGUCUGACUGUGUAUCAGCGCUCCUGGAUAUGUUCUGGUUCCUGCCUUGGCUCAGAAAUGUGUUUGAGUACAUUCUUUUGAUGCCAUAUCGGCUCUUGUGCGUUCUUACUGGAGGGGGGUACUAUGAAGACGCUUGGAGGAAGGUGCUGCAAAUACUGCUCAAAGAGUACACGAAGAAAGAAAAAGAUGCACUGAAGGUAUUUUCGUUGGACGAAGAGGCCUCUAUGGAAGACAUAACUCGCAGCUAUAGGGGGCUGGCCAAGACAUGGCAUCCAGACCACAACCCCAGCAGCAAGGAGGCUGAGGUCAUGUUCAUGAAGAUCCAUGAGGCGUAUGAGGUCCUUCGACAAUGGCACAAACCUCGUCGAUUCACAGCAUAGUUGGCUUCAUGGGGGACUGGGCCGAUUGGUUGUCAUUGCUUUCUAUUGUUCAUGAAACGUAAAUCAAGAGUAUCCACUGGAGACUCGCACAGCAUGCAGCUGGAUGAUUGGAUACUUCUCAGAGUCGGUUACAAAGAGCACUUUGCUGCCGCCUUGUGGUGCUAUCGGGGUACUAUCAACCCAAAGUAUUUGAUCACAACAAUGUUGGUUAUGUUCUACUGUGCGUCUGCUUGCUUGCUUUUAAACACUAAACUAUCACUAUGUACAUAUCUUAUUAUUUCACAGCAUUAAUACAAAAACACAUUAAUUAAAAUAUGUAAUGAUCACGUAAUAAAGGUAGACGCAAAUGUGUGAUAGAUAGACUUUGUGCAAUUAGCCGCCUAAUUAAUUCUCCAGCAUUUCUGGAAGAGAACUCGUUCACAAACACGUGUCUAAAUGUUCAAUAAAUAAUUGCACUAAAUGUA